AUGAGGGAUAUAGCAUGGCUGGAGCAGGCCUUGCACAGCCGGCAGAGCCGGAAGGCGGGACAUGGCCAAGCCGGCGGUGGUUUCAUACCCGGCCGGGUCCGUUCCGCACCGGAGGAGGCCGUCGCACCCUGGGCAGGGCUGCCUCACCCUCGGCACGGACGGGCCGCGGCGGGACGGGCUCGGUGCGGGGGGCGGUGCCGGUCCCUCCCCGCCUCCCUCCUCCCUCGCCGCUCCUCCCCGCCCCGUGCCGGCGCCAUGGCGGGCCCGGGCGGUGCCGACGGUGCCGGGGACGCCGGGGAUGUGCUGAGCGGCGGCAGCGAGCGGCGGUGCCGGGCGCGGCUGGCGGCGGCGGGCGCGGGGGGCGCGGCGGCGGCGGCCGCGGUGCUGGUGCCGCUGUGCUCGGUGCGCGGCCGCCCCGCGCUGCUCUUCACGCUCCGCUCCCGCCGCCUCGCCGGCCCCCACAGCGGCGACGUCAGCUUCCCCGGUGGGCGGCGGGACCCGGCGGACGGGGACGCGGUGGCCACGGCUCUGCGGGAGACGCGGGAGGAACUGGGGGUGACGGUGGCAGCCACCAGCGUCUGGGGACAGCUUCGGACGCUGCCCGACCGGCAUGGAAUGACCGUGGCGCCCAUCGUGGCCAACCUGGGGUCACUCGAGGCCUUGACACUGAACCCCAACCCUGAUGAGGUGGAGGAGGUGUUCACCCUGCCCCUGGCACACCUGCUCCGCGAGGAGAACCAGGGCUACACCCACUUCCGCACGGCCAGCGGCUACGGAUACACCCUGCCCGUAUUCCUCAACGGCCCCCACAAGGUCUGGGGGCUCACGGCCAUCAUCACCGAGCUGACCCUGGAGCUGCUGGUGCCCGGCCGCUACCGCAGGAAGACCCGCGUGCCCCCCCGGAAAGCCCCGGCCUGAGCGGGCAGGGGCGGCUCUGGGCUGCCUCGGUUCUCCACCAUGCAUGGGGGAAACGGCUCUGAGCCCAGCAGGGAUGUCGCACACUGUGAUUCAGUAAAAGCCAUGUUUGGAA